AAUCACAUCUUCACUCAUAAACCACUGAAACCAAAAGGAAAAGAAAAUGGUUAAGUCCGACAUUGCAUCUCAAUGGAGAGUACUGAGUGGCGAGAACGGCUGGGAUGGUUUACUCCAACCACUGAAUCUCGAUCUCCGCCGCUACAUUAUUCACUACGGUCAAAGGGCUGGUUCUGUUGGUGAUCUUUACAAUCAGAACAAACAUGGUGAAUUCCCCAAAGAGAAGUUUUUUGCAGAGGCCGGCCUUGAAAAAGGAAAUGAUUUCAAGUACAGCGUCACCCACUACAUUCAUGCAGGGUCAGAUAUUGUUGAGCCCGCAUGGUUUGGAUUUGUGGCAGUAACAACAGAUGAAGGAAAGGCUGUUCUUGGAAGGAGGGACAUUUUGAUUGCUUGGAGAGGAACCAUACAUUACACUGAGUGGAUUAAUGAUUUAAUCGCUGAUCCGAAAUCUGCUUCGGAAUUGUUCGGGAUUGGCACUGAGGCGAAGGUGCACUCCGGUUUCUUGUCUCUUUAUACUGGAACAAGGUCAAAUUCUGCUGUUGACAACCUCAGUGCUAGAGACCAGGUUCGAGAUGCCCUAAGAGAACUGAUGGACAAAUACAAAGACGAGGAAAUAAGCAUAACUGUUACAGGAUUCAGCUUGGGUGGAGCAUUAGCGACCCUAAAUGCAAUGGACAUCGUUGCCAAUGGAUAUAACAAGCCCAGCAGCACCCUACUGGGUGCAAACAACCCGUGCAUGGUGACAACUUUCACAUUCGGCAGCCCUCAGGUUGGAGACUCUGGUUUCAAACAACUCUUUAAGAAACUCGUUGAUCAUCAUCAUCUUCGUCUUCUAAGAAUUAGAAAUGCCAAUGACCCGGUUCAUAAAUGGCCAUUUUGUACCCUUACCCACGUGGGAAAAAAGUUGACCGUUUAUAGCAACGAAUCACCCUACUUGAAGUAUAAGUGGUUUUUCGGUAGAACAUUGGAAUGUACUGAUAAUCCUCCCCCGAAUGAUUAUCAUCCAAAUCUUGUUACCGAGGAAGAAAUAAUAGCCAACAGAGGCUUGUUGAUUAACUGGGUAGCUGACUCUGUAAGUGCUCAUAAUAUGGAUGUAUACCUGCAUGGGAUUGCGGGGGUACAAGAGGGAGCGUCUGGGUUUCAUUUGGAAGUUGAUCUUGAUAUUGCACUAGUGAAUAAGUAUUUAGACCGCCUGAAAGAUGAGUACGAAAUUCCUGACCAUUGGUGGGAAGGUGAGAAUCGCAAAAGAAUGGUUCAAGAGGAUAAUGGCCAUUGGAAGGUUAGAGGUUAACAUCUUAAUACAUAAGCUUUAUGCAUGUUUAAACCAAAUAAAUAAAUAAAGUGGCUAAUCAUUAUCUUUGAUUGGCCUAAACAAUAUUAAUCAUAUUUCCUAUUUUACUAGUAUUUCCUCGUGUUUGGUUUAUUGGUCAUGAAUAUUUAUCUCAUAAUUUAUGUAAGAGGUUCAUGGCCUAGCAGGGAUUUUCUCCUAUUAAGAAUGUGUGAGUUGUAUCGAUAAUGAUCUUUAUGUUAUGUAAUAAUAAUGACGUAAUAAAAGUUAUAUAUUGGGUAAA